AUGCCUAGCGCUACCAACCAGACGAGCAAGUACGAUGCUAUCCCGGGCCCUCUUGGCCUUGCAUCUGCCUCUCUUGAGGGCAAGGUAGCUCUUGUCACCGGUGCUGGGCGCGGUAUUGGUCGGGAGAUGGCUCUCGAACUUGGACGCCGCGGCGCCAAGGUCAUCGUGAACUACGCCAACAGCACGCAGUCAGCUGAGGAGGUCGUACAAGCCAUCAAGAAGGGUGGCUCCGACGCGGUAUCGAUCAAGGCUAACGUGUCGGACGUGGACCAAAUCGUGCAACUUUUCGACCAAGCCGUCAAGGUCUGGGGCAAGCUCAACAUCGUAUGCUCCAACAGCGGCGUCGUGUCAUUCGGUCACGUCAAGGAUGUCACUCCGGAAGAGUUCGACCGCGUAUUCACCGUCAACACUCGAGGACAGUUCUUCGUCGCGCGCGAAGCCCACAAGCACCUCGAGGUCGGCGGUCGCCUCAUCCUGAUGGGCAGCAUCACGGGUCAGGCAAAGGGCGUCCCGAAGCACGCGGUUUACUCGGGCAGCAAGGGCGCCAUCGAGACCUUCGUCCGCUGCAUGGCCGUCGACUUUGGCGACAAGAAGAUCACCGUAAACGCCAUCGCGCCUGGUGGUAUCAAGACCGAUAUGUAUCAAGCUGUAUGCCGAGAGUACAUCCCCGGUGGUGACAAGCUGAGCGACGAGGACGUUGACGAGUACGCCGCCACGUGGUCGCCUCUCGGCCGUGUUGGCCUCCCCAUCGAUAUCGCCCGCGUAGUCUGCUUCUUGGCAUCCCAAGACGGCGAGUGGGUAAACGGCAAGGUCAUCGGUAUCGACGGCCAUGCCAUGAUGUAA